AUGGCUCUUGCAGCCACUCCGCUCGGGGGCGGAAGAUGGAAGAAAGUCAACCCUUCCCUCAAACCCCAGCAAUGCGCAGGAGGGCAAAUCAAGGGUGACGUCUUUCACCUUCCACCAAAGGCCAAUGGGCAGACCAUUGGCUCCGGCUGUCACAAUGGCCAUCUUCGCGCCGAAUACGGCUCCAAAGACCACUAUACCUCGGGCGUACACCAAUUUACCGGCAAAUUCACCAUCAACUCGUUCGGAGGGGAUCGAAUCUCUCUCAAGCAAACAAUCGGAUACAAAGGUGCAUGGUUCAUGCUGGCUGCAGAUCACUCUGGAGAUUUGUACGGUGUGGGAGGUAGAGGGACAAUUGCUAAGGGAGUGGCCAAAGUUGGUGCAACGGUUACUGUCAACACCAUUCAUGAUGCCGAUACCGGUUUAUAUAAGGUCUUCAUCAACGGAGAGGAGAAAUACUCCACUACUUCGCCGCGAGAGGUAUGGGGAGAUAAGUAUGGAGCCUAUGCUACUGUAAGCGGUUCAGGGCCAAUUACUGUUACAUGGAAUGAUGUAGAAUUCUACACUCGUUAG